CAUGAUCGGCAAAUGCUCGGCACUAAUCGUCUUCCUGACACUCAUCGUCGUGGCUCACGGUGCACCCAGGAAACCCAGAAGGGCCACCCUUCCGUCGUGGCACCACCCCUGCGGAGAAAACCAUCAUACGACAACGGAAGAGAACAUGGUCGAUGACUGCGAAACGGGCUUGAGGAGCGGACUGCAAGUCCUGACUUCUAGUAACGCUUUUACCCUAGAUAACUACGUGACGAGCAAGUACGAUCAACUCUAUUCGCAAGUCAGCAGCCUGCCGGAACACCAGUACAAACAGAAUUGGGUGCCUGGUAAAAAGGACGUCAAAAUGGUCAUGGAUCUGGUGAAGGCCAACCCUAAGACGAUCGCCGAGCACCUUCCAAAGCUCCACACUGACCUACAGAAGUUCGUCGUAGGUUUGGAGGAACUCGUCGAGGACGAGACGAGGGAAGAAGUGCACAACGUGCUCGUGAAGACGCGGGAUAGCCUAAUGGUGGACCUCUGCGAGGUCGAGAUCUUCUUGUCGUCCAUGUGUCUUAAGGUCCCGGAGCGAGUCAGCGAGGACAUCAUGACAGGUCCCGACAAAGACCCGGUCGGUGAGACCAAGCGGUUGGUUCGAGACUGGGGCAUCCUCUACAGGUACGGAGACUACCUCUCCGCGUGGGAGAAGGUCUUGCACUAACAAUUCGGUUCCGCUCCUCGCUCGUCGUUUCACUACGAAAGGUCUUUGGUGGAGGAAGAAUGCCUUGUGAACCAGGGGAACACGAACUAGCGGGUGCAGACGCGCUGCGGGAGCCAUGCUGAUCCUCUGAUCCUCCAAUGGUCGUGUGGAAAAACCGCCGUUCCGAGUUACGAGAACAGUCGAGACGACGUAGCUGUGCCAUGAAUCACAAAGAUGGAAGAAUCAUUAAGAUUAAAACUUUUCCGGGUGAUAUAUCAUAGAGACUAACUAGUUACUGCUCAGACAAGACAAGGUGCGAAUGAGGAAUCAAUCGAUUCUGGAAAUACUCAAGAGGAUCUGGG